GUCAUUCCGUGAUGUUCACUUUUCCAUGCUGACGACCACCGCGCGCUCGUCGCUCUUCACGUCAACUUUUACUAGUUGUAUUUUUCUUAAAUAUUAUAUAUACAUAUGUAUAUAUAAUAUAUAUAUACUUAUAUAUUUUUUUUUUUUAUUGUGGAAGGUGUGCAAUCGAGCGCGCGUGCACUCUUACACGCGAUGGACUCCCACGCUUUAUGCGCUAUUUGCGGAUUUUUCGUGGCGUUGCUGAGCGCUUUCCACGGCGUGUGCGCACAAAAAAGCCAGUGCGGCGUCUCGGAAUUCUGGAAUUCCGACCUGGACGUUUGCGUGCCGUGCGCAUCGUGCAAGCAGUACCCCAAGACGCCGUCGUGCAACACGUGCAAACUGGUGGAAGAGUCGUCGGACGCGUGGAAGCUGGCGGCCAUCAGCAGCUUCUCGGUGCUGGCCGUGGUGCUGGUGGGCGCCGCCCUCAUCAUCGGGGUCAUGCUGCAUCGGCGCAAGUCGCACAAACUGCCUCUACGAGAGCCGAUUGAAGAAACGGCAGGGCCACUUUAUCAAGCUUAAACCUUUCACCUCGUCUUCCUCUGGAAACAAACCCACGUGACAGACCCAAGCGAGCGGCGACCGCGUGCCCCCCACGAGGCCCGGCCCGGCACGGCCCGGCCCGACCCGGGGAGCCUCCCGUCCGGACCGUCUUCCGUGCACUCUGACUGACUUGAGCCACCGCAGGCUUUCUCCCGACAACAAGGACACCCUUUCUUGUUCGAAACGUAUUUAAAAGUGUAGGAAUAGCGACGACACGCUAGGGUGCUUUUGAAUGCUUCCCCCCUGGCAGAACGAACAUCCGGACCCCUGAAAAAGUCGCCCGGGCCGGCCCGUUACGUUAUCACGAAUGUUCCGACGAAUGUAUGUAAAGUACGACGAGGUGAGCGGGCGGGACACACUGUCGGGGGGCACAAUACAGCGGGUGGUCUGUUUGAAUGUAGCUACUGUUUAGGUGAAACGUCUUCCCUCGAGACAACCGUGCACUGUUACUGCGGCUCCCGCCGACAAAACCGCACAUUACAUACGCAAACUUCGAGUCGGACGAGGGAACGACGCCGUGCUCGUGUACUGUAGUGUUUGGAGGCGGACGCAAGCUAUCACAUCAUCACUUCACGUAGAAAGAAAUACUGACUCUUGUUUUGUUUGUUUUUUUUUUUUUUUUUUGCUUUUUCUUAAAAUGGAUUAUUGGGGCCACACUGACAGAGAAGUUUUUUUUUUUU